AUGUUAGAUUGUAAGCCUUGUGAUACUCCAGUGGUCAAGUCUAGUAGACUUUCAAUACAUGAUGGAAUUAAACUUGAUGAUCCAGCUGCUUAUAGGACACUUGUAGGUGGUUUAAAAUAUCUUACAGUUACUAGACCAGAUAUAUGUUUUGCUGUAAAUUAUGUUUCUCAAUUUAUGCAUUCUCCCUCUGAUAUGCAUCUUCAAUUGGUUAAGAGAAGUUUAAGAUAUUUAAAGGGUACUAUUGGUCUGGGUAUUUCAUUGAGAAAAUGUGAUUUAUCAAGUUUAAAAGCUUAUGCUGAUUCUGAUUGUGCUGGGUGCCCUGAUACAAGAAGAUCAACAUCUGGUUUUGCAGUCUUUUUGGGUUCAAAUUUGGUUUCAUGGUCUUCUAAAAAGCAACCUACAGUGUCUAAGUCCUCUGCAGAAGAUGAAUACAAAUGUCUCUUUGUUGUUGAUGCUGAGUUAAAAUGGUUUUCUUAUUUGUUAGCUGAUUUACAGAUUGUGGUUAAGUCUGCUUUGCUUUCGCGUGAUAAUACAAGUGCUCUGGCUUUGGCAUCUAAUCCUGUUUUUCAUGCCAUGACCAAGCAUAUAGAAAUUCAGUAUCACACUAUUAGAGAGUUUGUAAAGGAUAGUUUCUUACAACUUUAG